UGACCAAGGACCCGUAUGUCGUAUAUAAUUAAACUGCAGGCCUUCAUCCUGCCCUUUUCGUGAAGAGCUUUCAGGCGGCAGGUCUCGCUUCCUGGCUCACCGCUGUUCGCCAAAAACGUUUUACGAAUAAGUCGGUCAGGAACGAUUAAAUAUGGCCUUUAAGGACACUGGGAAGGCGCCGGUUGAAGCUGAGGUUGCCAUUCAUCGCAUCCGAAUCACUCUUACCAGCCGCAAUGUGAAGUCCCUGGAGAAGGUGUGUGCUGACUUGAUCCGAGGUGCCAAGGAGAAGAACCUUAAGGUCAAGGGGCCAGUCCGUAUGCCUACCAAGACCCUGCGCAUCACCACCAGGAAGACUCCUUGCGGUGAAGGUUCCAAAACUUGGGAUCGCUUCCAGAUGCGCAUCCACAAGAGGCUCAUCGAUCUGCGCAGUCCGUCUGAGAUCGUCAAGCAGAUCACCUCCAUCAGCAUCGAGCCCGGCGUAGAAGUUGAGGUCACCAUCGCUGAUGCAUAAAUUUCCCAAUAAAAGAUUGAAAUGAG